AACAAAAAAACAAAAGAAAACAAAAUGAACACUCUACCAGCGAAUAGAACAUUAAACACAUUCAAUAAUGAUAAUGCAAGACGUUCAAGUAUAUCUGCAAUGCGUUAUGCAGCAAGAUCAACAUCGUUAUACUUUCCAAAUACAGAUACAGAUGAAGAAAGUCGUAGUCAACUGUUGACAAGUGAAAGUGUUGCAGAGACACGUCGAGCUGAAACAAUGAAUCGAUUGAAUCGUAUUGGUACUGGUGAAGGAUCAAGAAAUCUCACCAAUCCAUUAUUUGAUAGUAUGGGUAGUUUAGAUCAACCAUGGUCACGUGGUUAUGGUCAGACGUUGGUGUUAUCACCGCCUAAAAUUAGUCUACCAGUUCAACAGCAACAACAACAACAGCACCAAGGACAAUCUCAACAAUCCCAUCAACAACACCAACAGAGUCAACAGAUGAAUGAACAUGAAACUGCUAGUACUAUUCAAGAUAUACAACACACGAUAAGACUGCCAGUUCAUCGAAGUCCAAAUAUUCUACAUGGUGGUUAUUGUGCUCUUCCACCAUCUACACAUUAUGCAUCUUCAGUGAGGGAUGCUUAUGGUGGAAAUGGGAGUACUAGCGGCGCUGGCGGUGGUGUCGGUGCUGGGGGUAGAAACAGUAGGAGAAAAUUAAAAAAGACAAUGUGUUCACCGUGUUUCGGUGGAGGAAGUGAACAGGUGGAGUCUACUGCAAACCUAUAUUCAUCGACUGAUGAAUUGGAUUCAACUGAUGAUGACCUGAAUAAAUCGGAUAGAGCGAGUCAUCAUUAUCGUCAGCAUCAAUUGAAUAAUAGUAGUCGUAAACAACAUGAACAACAACAACAGCCAUAUAUCAUAUGCUUAGCUAUUGUUUUUGCUCUACUGGACAUUCUCUUAUUGAUUGGAUUAACUCUGCUGAUAUUCUUUUUCAAUUGUUCUGCUGAUGGCUGGCUGUACACAGAUCCUAGAAUCAGAUCAAUUUGUGUAACUUUAUGGGCAGAUUGGAUACCUUUAUAUCAAAGAAAAUUUCAAUGUCCAGAUCUUCCACCUGGUUAUACAGACAGUUUAAAUAGUGAAAGUUUCAACAGUGGUGUUGGUGGUGUUGGCGGCAGCAGCGGUUCAGGCGGCGUUGACUCAAACACUGAUCUUAAACCUCUGUUGGAACGUAUUAAUAUAAUGAAUAGACAACCGGCUGCAUCAUCCUAUCCAAGCCUAACUUCGCCUAAUCCAUUAUCCCUACUGUCACGAUAUCAAACGGAACGGACUGCUGAGAUGAAUCGAGUUAAUCCUGAUUAUUGGGAUGGAGAUUUGGGGCUAAUGCUUCCACCGAGGUUAAUCAUCCCGUCAGCUGAACAACAUUUAUACGGACCAAGUGACACUGUUCAACUGCAUGGUCGUAAUUAUCCAACUGAUAAAGAGUUUAAUCAAAGAUUGCGAAAUGAUCCAUGGUUACAGUUAUCACAGUCGCAGACUGAUAUUUAUCGUCAUAUAACUGUUAGUUCAAUAGUUACUGGAUCGAUAAUCAUACCUUUAAUAGUGAUUUGUUUUGCUGAAAUCAGUUUCUACUUUUUCAACUGUUGUCAAAUCUGUCUGUCGAGAAGUACAAUGAGACCAUGGAGAGCUAUGAAAUUUUUUGGUCAACUUUAUCGCUUACUUAUGACAUACAUAUUUGGUCUCCUGGUAACAAUGCUGCUAGUUUGGCUGAUCAAAGUUUCAAUUGGACGUCUUCGUCCGGAUUUCAUUCAAAUCUGUCGUCCAUCGGCUAAUGUCUGUCCAAAAUGGUAUGGAUUAAUUCAAAAAACACGUCAAUCUGCCGAUGAACGUGGUGGCAUUGAAUCAGAUCCAAGACUGCUAGAUAUAAUUGUUGCUCAAUUGGCUAAACAAGGAAAAUAUUUAGUCACAGUGGCUACAACACCUUCACCGGAAUCGACUAAUGGUCAAAUACCUGAUGGGCUGUUAACUAAUGCUGAUUGUAUGGAGAAUAAUAUUUUGAAGCUUAAAGAAGCCAGGACAUCAUUUCCUUCACUGGGAGCAUCCGUUUCAAUGUAUGCUAUCAUUUUCGUCACAGUUUAUGUGACUGCAUUGAUGAAAAAUUUCCGUGAUGCAUGUUUGUGUAUCCCAUUUCUAUCAUUGCUUGGUGUCAGUUUAGUCGCUCUCCUCCUUGGUAUUAAUAGAGUAGUGUACAGAAACAACUGGUUUGAAGAUGUUCUAGCCGGUUGGAUUAUUGGCAUUUGUGUUGCUGUAUAUGUGUGUUUCAAAGCGUUAUACAAUCGAGAUAAAGUCAGUGAUUUAACCAAUCACGAUUUAUAUCGUCGUCUACAUCGAAUUCAAAGCUUAAUUCAAACACACAAUGAUUAUAAACAAUCUGAGAUGAAAAUGAUGAAAUACUUGUGA